AAGGCACGUGAGGUGUUGUGAUCCGAAGGAAGAAUCAAAGAUGAUGCUUCGCUUUAACGAUGUUGUUGGGAAAGAAGGCAAAGCAAGCAAAAAAAGGUUGUUUCUUUUUGAAAGAUCAACAAACCCCAUCUUCGGAUUCUGGAAACCCUAAAGCCACCCGGAUCCGGUUCAGACAAUCGGGUCGGAGACCGAUUUUGAUCUGUAUAACUCAAAUGAAAAGUGUCAUAAAUCUACAAAAUUUCAAGUAGUUUGAGUCGCUUAAAUUAAUCUGGAUCAAAAAUGUCGCGUUUUCCGCGUGGAUUCGUGGAGAAUUCAUCAUCAAAGGAAGAAGCCAAAGCCGCUCGUCGUCCAAGUAUAUGCUUCAGGCCAAUAAACCCUUGUGAUUUAGAACGUUUGGAGCAAAUCCAUCGAGAUAUAUUCCCAAUCAGGUAUGAAUCUGAGUUUUUUCAGAAUGUUGUCAACGGAGGUGAUAUCGUCUCUUGGGCUGCUGUUGAUCGGAGCCGCCCUGAUGGUCAUUCUGAGGAACUUAUCGGCUUUGUAACUGCCAAAAUCGUGCUUGCCAAAGAAAGUGAAAUAUCAGAGCUAAUAAGAUAUGACUCGACGAAGGGAGAGGAGACAUUGGUGUACAUCCUAACACUUGGAGUUGUAGAAACAUACAGAAAACGCGGAAUAGCUAAGUUGCUUAUUAAUGAGGUUGUUAAAUACGCUUCUAGUAUCCCUGUGUGUCGUGGUGUUUACCUUCAUGUGAUUGCACACAACAAUCCUGCAAUUCGACUUUACAAAAGAAUGUCUUUCAGAUGUGUAAGGAGGUUACACGGAUUCUACUUGAUCAACGGCCAGCAUUUCGAUUCUUACCUCUUCGUCUACUUUAUCAACGAUGGGGUUAUCGUUGAAUCAUGGCUGCAUUGCAGAGAUCUUGCGGUGUUGGUUCUGAAUUACAUGAGGAGUGGAAUCAAAUCAGUUGCAUCAAAGCUGACGAUAAACCAUGAAGAGAAAGGCUCGAAAUGGCUUAAAUCCAAAGACAACAUGCGGUGUCUCUUGCCCACUCAGACCAAACGAAACCUUGCUUCCGAAAGAGUAUCAUCCGGGUACGAUGAUUAUGUUUAGUGUCCGUCUCCCAAUUCAUAGACUUUGUUAAAAUCAUUAAUUUUCUAUGUCAUCCAUCCAUUAAGCUCUGGUUGUGAUCCUAAUGUCUGUGUGUGUGCUGUGUAGAAAUAAUUAUGUAAUCAAUAAAAAUGUAUAUAUUGUGAUAGUUGAAGACACUUAGAAGGGCUUCAUACAACUGUAACUAGAUAAAUUAUUUUUAGCUUGUUGAAAAAUAGCUUUGUACUCAUA